AUGGGGAGUAUAAUUUCUGACUCUCAAGAGGCACGACUGUUGUGUCGUCGAAACCGUUUGACCAAUACCGCCGGUGUUGCUCCGGGUUACUUACAGGCCAAUCUGUUGGUGCUUCCUGCGAAGUAUGCCACCGAUUUUCACGACUUGUGUCUGCGCAACCCGGUUCCCUGCCCACUGCUGGGAGUGACAGCUGUUCCUGGCGACCCAAAGAGCAUUCGGCCAUCUCAAUGUAUUAAGUCGAAAGAUUUCGACAUUCGGACCGACUUUCCCCGGUAUCGAGUAUAUUCAAGCGGCAAACACAUUGACAGUCGCUGUGACUUACUUGAUGCGUGGACAGAUGACCAUGUUGGCUUCUUAAUCGGGUGUUCGUUCUCCUUUGAAGAUGCCCUGACAGCGGCUGGCUUACCACCGCGUCACCAGAAAACUGGAACAAUUGUUGCCAUGUAUCGGUCCAACAUCCCAUUGCUGCCAGCAGGAGUCUUCACUGGUGGCAAUUACAUUGUAUCUAUGCGACCGUAUCGACCGGAACAGAUCGAGAGAGUCAGAGAGAUCACACGGUUGUAUCGGUCCACGCACGGCGAGCCUGUAGCCUGGGGAUGGGACGGUGCAAAGCAACUCGGUAUCAGUGAUGUGGGUAAACCGGACUUUGGUGAGGCGCAGAGGUUUGAAGAGGGCGAGGUUCCUGUGUUUUGGGCAUGUGGAGUGACGCCUCAGAUGGCAGUGGAGGCAGCGAGUAGCAAGAUUGAUGGCCUGGUCUUUGCCCAUGAGCCUGGUCAUAUGCUGAUCACAGAUUGGACUUCAGAAGACUUACAGAGCCUCAAGCCUGGGAGCAUAUGA